AGAUGGAAUAGCACACUUGGGAGUGGGUCCGUUGUCGUAGCUCAAGCAUUCUCAUAGUAAUCGCUAAUCUGUGCUAAAGAGUAUGAAGUCAUUCUCAGAUUGUUGCUACUAGGACUUCUGGUUACAGUUAAACUAGCACCUAUCCGUUCAGAUAUAUUACACGAUAAAACGUAUGGGGAAAAGAUAUUGUCAGGCAGCCAAUUUUCACUCUAUUCAAUGUGAUCCACAUGGUGCAGCCAAAAACUUGCUCAUCUGGAUAACAGGGUUGAGCAGAUAUGGUUAGGUUAGAUGUUUCGUUUAACUGUGGUGGUGAUGUAAUUUACUGCUUGACACUGCUGUACUUCUGAUUUAUUCCUUCUCAAGUUUCUUUAAGUGGCUCACAUUUGUUUGUUUUUGACUUUUUCCCCCCAUGUUGUGGCAUUGGAUGCAUGUGCGGGAUCUCAUAUGCUGAUUAACUUUAAUAGUGCUUGCUGGUCUUGCAUUUAUGUUUUCAUCUAGCAUUCUAUUGCAGAUCCUGGCUUGUGCUUUGUACAACAAUUGGUGGCCGAUGUUAUCAGCGUUAAUGUAUGUGCUGGUGCCUAUGCCCUGUUUGUUCUUUGGAGGUGGGUCCACUCAGUUCCUGACCAGCAAUGAGGGUGGAGCUUGGAUAAAUGCUGCUAAAUUCCUAACUGGUGCAUCCACUGUGGGGAGCAUAGCCAUUCCUGUGAUCCUCAGACACGCCCACUUGAUCGAGACUGGAGCAAUGUUCAUAGAGUUUACGUCCUUCUUCAUUUUGGUCGUCACCGUUCUGUGUUUCCACAGAGUUAGUCUCGACGAAGAUUGGUAAGACUAUGUAGCUUUUAUCUCCAAGGGAGAAGAACUGAUCGUAGGAUGAGAAAAGGAGACGACCUAGUCCAUGUGUUGUACUGUACAUAUACUCUCAUGUAACUUCGCUGCGCUCAUAUGAAGAAAGAUGGGGAAAAAAAAAUCUUAUACGUCUUACCCUGUAAUAAUUGGUUUGAGAAAUAUGAAGCUGUUCAUAGGCUGCAUACUGUUUCAUAAUUGGCCUGAGUUUGGAUUUCAUAAAUUUAGUUGAGGUUAGAGUCUGAUCUUGAUGUUCUGUUUCUGGUGCCAAACUUCUGACUGAAUGAGAAGGAAAGACCACAUUUCCCCCUUCUUUUCCUUUA